AUGGCCGGGCGUUCAGUCUUGCUGGCCGCUGUCUCUGUGCUUUCUGCCUGUCAGCAAACUUACUUUGCUUUGCAUGUAGGAAAAGCAAGAUCAAAAUACAAAAUCACAGCCCCUGCCGUCUCGGGGUCGCCAGAGUUUGAGAGAAUGUUCCAGGCACAGCAAAACUGUGUGGAGUUCUACCCUGCAUUCCUGGUCACACUGUGGGCAGCUGGAUGGUAUUUCAGCCAAGUGUGGGCCGCUGGCCUGGGCCUGGCAUACCUGUGUGCCCGUCACUGGGACUUCUGGGGUUAUUCAGAAGCUGCUAAAAAGAGGGUCACAGGCUUCUGGUGGAGCCUGGGGGUGCUGGCCUUGCUGACCGUCCUGGGCACCCUGGGGGUUGCAAACAGCCUUCUGGAGGAAUACCUGGACCUGGAUGCUGCCAAGAACCUGAAGAGGCUCUUCUGA